CCCCCCAAAAAACAAAAAAACGAAAUACUUUUUCUCAUUUCAGUAUAAAUAUAUGACGUCAUAACAUUAUUAAUGUAAUAAUCAAAAUGCAAUACUAAAUGUAUUUGUAAUAUUCGUUGGUAUGCCUUAAAGGUGUGGAGACACUGUAAUAUACUAUAACUAUAAAAGGCUGGUGAUAUUACCUACAGAAUAAUUCAAUCGUAUGUUAAUAACAAAUGUAACAUAUGUCUGUACAGGAGAAUCAGCAAUUGAUUCGAUCACAGGUGAGAAAAUUCGCCGAAAGAAGAGAACGGGUUCUGAGGCUGAAUACGAAUACGAAUAUGACGAUCAAGGGCGGGUAAUCCGAAAAACAAGAAAAGGUCACAAACCUGGAGACGAAGGGUCUGAUUACGAAUAUGAUUACGAUUCCGACGGAAAUGUCAAAAUGACGAAGAAAAAAGGUGUCGGCGUGAAAAAGGGUAAGAAAGGUGAGGACGACUCCGACGAGGAACAGUUCGAAGUGGGACCAGAUGGAAAGAUUCGCUUAAAGAAAGGAAAGAAGAAGAUAGACAUAGACAAACUGACCGCCGACGACUUACGGAAGUUAGGUAUAGAUCCCAAUCUGUCCAAGGAGGAAAUUGCCAAAAAACUACAGGAAAAAUUUGGAGACGAUGUCAAAAUCUUCCAAGGAAAAAAGAAAAUUCCGACCAAACGAGCUUCAGAAUACGGCUCUGAUGCCCGAUCUUCGGAUUUGGCUAAGGACAGCGAUUUGGACGUUGAUACAUUGGUCGGGACUAAACGUGUCAACGUUAAGAUGAAGAAGGGAGGUCAAGCUUUGAUAGACCACAUGAAGAGUAUUCUCAACAUGUCGGAGCUUAAAGACGCCGAAGCCGCAAAGGAUUUAGAUGAGAAAGGGGAUAUAGAUUUUGUGUCUCACUACCGACUUGUUGACCCCAGUAAGAUAGAAGGAUACGCUAGGGCGUUCGUCGUGGAAGACGAUGAUAUGGACCAGGUGCUCUCCUAUAAAGAAUCUCGAACCGCUCUCAACGGUAUACCGACCAUUCAACAGAUGACAACCAAACAAUUGGAAUACGUCUUAAAGGUUCUAAAUUUAGACGAUGCUUCACAAUUGACUUUCCGGAUGUUUGCUGUAGUAUCAGCCUUAUGUGAGCGGGUGACAUCAAUGGACUCAAUAUGUAAGCAUCUUCUGGAGAUAUGUGACCUGCUAGAUAUUCAAAGGAAAAUGGGACUUUAUAAAGCGAUGUUCUACUGCAACAUUGAGUCCGACCGAACGUCAAAUUUCAUAAAAGCUGAUUCUCUCCGUAUAGAACUGAUAGCAGGAGGGUUGAACUGGAAACAACAGGAACACGUCAUGGCCAGACUACAUCCUAAUGUUUAUAAUGAGAUAUCCUUCCUUGACUACCUCGUGUACGUACCAUUGUUCUUGUCCAUGCAUGAUAACAUUGUCGACAAUCCAUUGGAUAUGUCAGAUCAAAAAUACAAUCAGAAACUACGUCAACUCUCGGGUGGCACGAGACAACGAGAUAUGAACCCACUCGGAAUGCCUCUUAAAAAGACAUCAACGUUCCAGCUUCGGAAGCAGGCACAAGAUCUCAUUGAGGGCAAGAUUGACCCUAAGAAGAUUAAAGACGAAAAGGUCGAACUCCUCAACAAAUACGCCACAUUACCGAAUAUAUUGGAGGAAAAUGAAUCAAAGCGAAAGUUAUCCGUGCCAACUAAAUCAGAGACUCCGCCAAUGCAGAUGGUGUACUGAGAGAUGCCAGGAUUAUCAUAGCUAAUAGGGAACAACCAACCAAUUGAAAAAUAUAUUUUUGAAACAGCCCCUGUGUAAAAAUAUAUUUUUGAAACAGCCCCUGUGUAUGUGAGCCAAGGAUAAAAUGUCUGGCAGCCACUGAUUGGCCAGUAUG